AACAUCUCCUCACUUACCGCUCAAGGAAGUACGGAACCAGAAUACUCUGUACCGAUGCAACCCACCCCAACAACGAAUGCCUGAUCGAGCUCCUCCCAUACAGAGAAGCAAAUAUCAAAGGAACAGGCCUACACCGAAUCGCCUCCCUCCUACUCCCAUAUCAAACACCCGGAAAUGCGAGAGACAAGUGGAAUCAAAAUAAACUACUACGCGACCACCUGUUGGAAGAAUGGAAUACACAACCAAUACCGAACUACCAUCACCGGGGGGAAUUCCGCCCCCCUCCCAAGAUUGCAAAACUCACCCUUACGGAAGCAAAGAAAGUUUUUCGAAUCCGGUGUCAAACUACCCGAAUCGACAAACACGCAGUACAUACAGAUCCCGAACCAUGCCAGUGUGGUAUGGAAAACUCAGCAAAACAUAUACUUAUGGAAUGUCCAGCGUGGGCUCGAAUCCGCGCCCCUCUGAUAGAGAAGAUCCCCGGAGCGAUGACCUGGGAAAACUGGAUGUUUACAAACUUGAGAACGGAUCUCAUCCUACAAUUUGCAAAAAACUCUCAACUCUCGAAAUGGUACGAGUCGGCGGAGGCGGAGGCGGACCUGGAAGAGGAGAUGGAAGAAAAUGAUUAG